ACAAUUCUAAUUCUCAAUUUCUCAUUCUGGGGAUGGCGGUAUAAAAGAGGUGGAUACAACGAGUGAUAAACAAACAAAGUUCAAAGUUGUGCUACUCCAAGUCUAAACGAAGUUCUAACAUGAAUUGUUCUUCCUUAACUCUUUCAAGAGAUAGCUAAUGUCAACAAGAUCUAAUCUUAGUGCCUUUAUCCCCGCCUUGCCAUCUCAUACUGAUCUUCGUCAAUUGACAUCAACUGGUCUCUAUUUGUCUGAUCAGUUAAGCAGUGAAGGAGAUGAAGACACAUGGUCUGGUAGUGAUACACCAACACCUCAGGUAGCUCCUAACCAAUGGAGUGAUGCUACGCUUACUGGAAGAAGUUCUUUUUGCUCUUGGGGAGAAGAUGAAGGUGUUCUUGAUCGUAUUGCUGGUGAAACUGUGGGUCAAAUGUUCGAUGCUAUUGAUCGUGCUCUUUAUGAUGGUUGUCCCACUGGACAGGAACCUGUUGACAGAGAGUGUGCUGAAUGGAGCACUAACUUUCCUCAUUUCAGGUUAACUGGUGUGCACUUGCUUGAUUCAUUAGAUGAUGGAACAGAGAUUGUAGAUCCUGUGAUUACUGAUGAAGACUCUUUAUCUAUCGAUACUCCACUAGCAGUGGAAAAUCAAAAUUGUUUAGCCAUUAGUGGCCAAAGGCUGAAUGUUUUACCAGCUCCUCCUUGCACAACAGGUUCCCCUCCUAAUGACAAUCCUGGUCUUCAUUAUGAAGAAAUUAUUUUUUGUGAUGGAAUUGUUGAGGAAUACUUUGCUUAUAGUACUGAUUCUAAAGAGGGGAUUGAAGGUGCAUCUCGUCGUCAUCACUUGCAUUAUCUUCCACCAGUGACACCUAGUGAAUGUAUUCGUGAUACUGUUAUCAGUAUUUUAUUUGAUCAAUUGUGGAGUGAGAUAGCAACUGCUUUGCAACCAUUGUUACUGAAGUAUAAAUCUAUUGAAAGUGACCAUGACAUAUGUGACUAUUCUGAAGGCCCUUCUAGUCAUUUGCCUAUACUUUAUCUUCCUAGUAAAGGAGGGCAGUUGCUUCCUCCUCCAAGAACUGGCCAAAUUCAGUCUAUGAAGAAGAAGCCAAUGGUUCCCAGUCUUAUUGGAUCUGGUACUCAUACAACUGAUCUUCCUAAUCUUCAGAAAGUGAUGACGAUUAAACCAGUUUCUCUUCAGCAAAGACUUCCUUCCUCUUCUUUACCACCUACAAACCUCUUUUCAACCAGUGCUACUGGUAGUAUGCUGUUUCAUGAUUCAUUAUUUUCAUCACGUGGUACAGCAACCCUUCGUAAUAUCCCAUCCUCUCAAACGCCACUUCCUCUUAGAAAUCAAGAUCAGAAGGUAAUAUCAGGGAAGCCUGGAAACAGAAGAAACCCUCUAAAACCACUUGAGAUCCCUCGUACUCCUGGAUUUCCUUCAGUGCAAGAUGAAGGUAUUCGUGACUUUAGUGGACUGAUAGGACAAAAAUUAGUUAGACAUUCUCAGCUUCCUCCACUCCCAUCUGUCACUCAAACUGAUAAAGCAAUUUUUCCGCUAAGAAGCAGUGGAGUGAAAGGUAGAGUUACAUUUUCUAAUCGAAUUGUUAGUGCUGCAGCCGAAAAUAAUGAAAUUGGUGGAAGACAUAGUCAGAGACAAUUAGCAGUUGUUAAUCACACUGACAGUAGACCUAACACUACACAGACCUUUAGAGUAAUAGGUCAUGCAGCCAGUCUUCAUAAUGACUUAACUCUAUUGGAAGAACAGGACGAAAGCCUUCAUCAUGAUAGUCGCUCACGCCUUAUGUUUGCAUCUCCCAAGCCAAAGUCUAGCCUGUCUCGGGGAAGAUUAACAUCAAGAGGCGGUCCAGUAAAAUGACAAUACUUUGUCAUCAUUAUUGCUCCAUCACUUCUGUUUAAAUUAUUAUAUUCAUGCUCAUCAGAAUUUUUAAUAUAUAAUUUGCUCUUGUCAUAAUCAUUAUUUUUAUUGUGCGUAUUGAGUAAACUAAGAGAAUGACCAUGACGUAGCAAUUGACAUUUGUGAAGUUUAAUCAAUAAUCGCUUAAAUUUUUAACAAUA